CGUAGAAGAAAACUUUGUUUACAUCGUUUAUAUAAAACCCAGGUAAAUUGUUUAUAAAAGUGUUUGUAUUUAUAUGAUCACACAUACAGUAGAACUCAAGCAAUGGCACAUUCUAGAUCUGCAAGGAAAGCACAAAUACCUAUUUCCUGCCAAUUCUGUGAAGAUGGAAAUACGAUACAAUGGAAAUGUGUAGACUGUAGACUUUUGAUAUGUGAAAAGUGCAAAGACAAGAUUCAUCUAAAAAUAAGAAAUACAAAACACCACAAGAUUAUACAUGUCACAGAAGUGGAAAAAUGUACGGAGGAGUUUGAUUAUAAACAUAUACACUGCCAAAUACAUUUUGAGCAAUAUUGCUGUCUAUUUUGUAAGAAAUGUGACGACUUAGUGUGUCCUACUUGUGUGUCCGAAGCACAUAAAAAGCAUGAUUUUACAGAAAUUGGUGAAGUUUACAAAAGGAAUAUAGAAAAACUGAGGAUAAGACAAAAUAAAUCUCGGAAAUUUAUAUCGAAAAUGACUGCUAGAAACAAAGAACUUUCUGAGCUGAAGUGUAGUGAAAACUCAAAAUAUACUACAGUAAGGAAUAAUAUAAUAGCACAUCAGAAAGCUUUAAAAAAUGCAGUUGACCAGUAUAUUAAAGAACUAUAUUAUGAAUUAGAUCAGAGUUACAAGGCUAUUUGUCAGUCCAUAGAAACGGAUAUAACUGCUAUUUCUACAUCAAUAGAGAAGGCAAAUCACAAAUUAAAUGAAAUAGAAAAUUUUAUAGCUAAAUCCGAGGUUGGAGAUUUUUUUGAGAACUUUAAAAUCGUUGGUGAAUAUGCAGAAAUCGAGCAGCCAAAAGUAAAGGCAAUUUAUCAAUCAAUGCCAGACUUUAUUCCUGGAGAGAUCAUGAAGUACCGUUACAAUUUCGGAAUUUUACAGCACAAUGAAAAUUCUUCAGGUAAAAUAGCACUUAGAAUGAAUGUCGAUGAAAAAUAUCAAACUGAAAUGUCAAGAAUCGAUUAUAUAUCGGCAUUGCGUAACGAUUCGAUUUGGAUAUCAUGCAAUGAGGAUAACAUUAUUCAGCGAGCAAAACCGGAAAGAAAUAACCUUAAUAUAAAAGCAACAUUUUCAGUUAAGGUCUUCAGCAUAGCUGUGACUGCUUUGAACGAGGUCUUCCUGGUUACAGAUGGAACAAGGAUACAAAAUAUGAACAGCCGUACUGGUAACCUCUCAAAUUCGAUAUACAAUGUAGCCCCUUUGGAACCAAUUUUAAUUCAUGUGACGUGUGACAACAAAGUAAUAGUCGGUGCGAAAAACGGCCAUACAAAAGCUAUAAUUGUGAUGAGUGAAAAAGGGGAAAGGGAAAAUGUGUUUGAAUAUGAUAAAAAUAUAAAACCUUUAUUUACGUACCCCAGGAGUAUAACUAGUACCCGUAGAGGUGAUAUGCAUGUGUUGGAUUAUGAUAUAGAUAAAAAUCGAGGUCGAGUUAUAGUUCUUAGACAAGGAGGUGAUAUAUAUAAAUAUUGUGGACAUCCAUAUGUAAACAAAAAUAUACCAUUCAAACCAAUCUCCAUUGUAGCAACACCUAAAUCCAACGUCUUGGUUGUUGAUUGGUACACUCAUUACAUCCAUGUACUUAACACUUGUGGCAACCUUGUAACUAUAUUCAAUACAAGAGACACAGGAAUACUGCAUCCAUGUUCUCUUGCCAUUACACAAGCAGGGCAGAUGUAUGUCGGAUGCGACAGUAAUAAAGCCAAGCCAACCGAAAAAGCAAACAUAUAUUUAGUAAAUCUAUCCGGGUGCUAG